AUGUCUUCUGGUCUUGUCAUGUCCAACGAGCCUAUCCCAGCACCGUUCCGCUCUAUGUGGCUCGCCAUAGUUGCACGUUGCUUGUCGUCGUGGGGCUUUUUCAUCAGUAUCUUCCUGUCUUUCACAUGGAGGCGAUCCCCACCGCCGUCCAUCGAGACAAACGCCGCUCGAUACCGGCGUCUCACACCGCGAAAGAAUCGCAGCAGGGAAGAAGCCCUGAAAGCCCUCGAGGGACAUAGAGUCCCGCCUUGCUCGUGCCAAAAGGAGAAAGAAUCAGGCGGCUUUUUUGCGAAGACUGCGUCGCGCUUCCGUCGACUCUCUAUGCCUAUCAACAAACUUCGGGCAAAGUCUACUAUCACUCGCCCUCGUGCACAAUCAGACCCGACUUCUGACCGUGGUCGCUUCAAGCCAGCUGUUCGCCAGUGCAAGACUUUGCUCCUCGAUGCUGCUGCCAAAUCUACGGCACCGGCUCGUCCAAUCAUCAAAGGCACUCGUACGGCCUUCAGACGCUCGUUAUUCUUCGUCAAGCCGGAGGAAUGCGAAGUCGCUGCAACGACAGCCAAGUUCUUCGAGAAGUGUGGAACACAAACGAAGAAUGCCUUCACCCGCUCCACCGCUGCAAUCUUCGCUGCAUCUCAGAACGGGUUGGCGGCCCCGAAAGCCGAGGUGUUCAUCGAAGAAACCGAGGAAGUACGCCUUGCUUGCGAUGAUGCUUCCGACUCUUCCUCGGAAGGCAGUUCUGAAUGCAAUCCCAGUCCACGCCAGAGACGUCUCUCGAUGCGGGGAAGUAGGUCGACCGUUGUGUGCCUGCAGAAAGAGACGAGCGAUGCAUAA